AUGAAGGUAUCUGGUGCUACUUCGUUCGCUACUUUGACCGCUUUGGCGGCGGCGGCGCUGGUUGCGUCGCCUCAAGCUGAAGCGGUUGUGGGUCGUGACAACAACGUCGAUUGGAGCUCUAUCCUUGCUCAAAGCACCGCUGCCUGGAGCCAGAUUCAACUGCAGUUACCACCUGAAGUUCUGUCCCAAUUGAACGGCUUCAUCGGCAAGGCCAUCAGUGCUUAUAGCGCUGCUCAACACAAGCGUGAGGUGCCGAACGUCGACUGGAGUUCCAUUCUUGCGCAAGGUACAGCGGCUUGGAGUCAAAUCCAACUGCAAUUACCUCCUGAUGUCCAGUCACAGUUGAACGGUCUCGUUGGUCAAGCUGUCAGUGCUUACCAUGCCGCUCAACAAAAACGGGAAGUCCCUCUCGCUGAGCGUGAUUACCAAGUUAAUUGGGGCGCGAUUCUUGCCCAAGGCACGGCCGCCUGGAGCCAAUUGCUGGCCAAGUUGCUGGAUCACCCUGAACUUCAGGCUCAAGUAAACGGGUUUAUCUCCAAAGCCAUCAGCGCUUAUGGUGACGCUACCUCCUCUCAACAAAAGAGAGAAGUGAUGGAAUUGGCUGUACGUGAUUUCAGCGACAUCCUUAACACUAUCAUUAACUUGCUUCAACCCAUUGUCAGCAAAAUCUUGUCCCUGGUGGACUGGAAUCUGGUAAUUGUGCAAGGGGGUACUUACUUGGUCAAUGUUGUCGAACAAGUGUAUGAAUGGGCGAAGCUGCUGGGAGCUUUGGACAAGUUCACCUCGUGGUUGUGGAGCAACCUCGGUAGCAUUUUGAGUACUUUGAUUCAGUGGGUGCUUCCUGCUCUCUUCGGGGGGUCCAGCUCCACUACUGGUAACACCGGUGCUACCACCACCACUGUGGCUGCUGCUGCUACCACUACUGCUCAACACGCGAAGCGGAUGAUGUAUUAA